AUGCCCUGCGCGCUCCCGUCAAGCUCACCACCACUGCAGAGCCCCUGCCGCGCCACGAUCACGCUCGUCAGCAUCACCAGGACACCAGCCACCGUGCGCGCCCACGCCUUGCCCCUUCGCGACCCUGGAACGCCGGCGCCAUCGACGACCGCCGCUCCGCCCCCACGGCCACCCCUCAAUGCUAUAAAAGGGGGACUCCUCCCACCGAUCCGAGCACGCCAUUCGCUUCCCCUCCUCACCACAACUCCUCCCGUCCCUCCAAUUUCAUCACUUAGCCACCGCCUCGCCACAAUCGCUAGCUCGGAGCCGCCGCCGAUGGCCGACGCUCGCCGGAGAAGGAGACCACCCCAGGAAGCGCCGCUGCUACCGGGGGGAUCCUCGUCCUCGACAACGUCGCGGCGCACCCCGCCGGCGACCGCCGGAGCCCCCAGGCGCCCUCCGACCCCCUACUGCAGCCGCCGGUGA